AUGAUGUCAGCGCCUGAUUCCGGUUUACGCAGCGGUAACUUGCAGUCUAAGCAAAGGCAGAGUUGGAGCUGGUCUCCCUUGUGCGAAAAGAAGCCUCAGUCACUGAGAACAGCGGUGUUAUGGACAGUGACGACGAUAAUGUGGAGGAGACGGUGGAAGGUCCCCUGGAUGAAGAUAACGAGCCACAUGGGUUCUGUAAAGUUACCUAUUCUUCAGGUGACAGAUUUGAAGGGCAUUUUGUGCAUGGUGAGAAGAAUGGUCACGGGAAGUUCUAUUUUUUUGAUGGCAGCACGCUGGAAGGGAACUGCAUUGAUGAUGCUUUACAGGGACAAGCUGUGUACACCUAUGAGGAUGGCAGUACCCUCCAUGGUACCUACAUUGAUGGAGAACUGAAUGGCAUAGCUGAGGAAUAUGAUUCGGAGGGACAUUUGACCUUCAGGGGUCAAUACAGGGAUAAUGUCCGAUGGGGUGUUUGCUGGAUGUACUUUGCGGAUGGAGGCUGCCUUGUAGGAGAGGUGAAUGAAGAUGGAGAGAUGACUGGUGAUAAAAUAGCUUAUGUAUAUCCUGAGGGCAAAAUAGCCUUGCUUGGGAAAUUUGUUGAUGGGGAACUUAUUGAAGGACACCUGGCAACUCUCAAGUGUGUAUCUGAGGGGAAACCCCAGUUUGACCUGGUACCUGAUGGUCCAGUUUACACUUUUGACAAGUCCAGCUCUUUUUGCAUUUCUACAAAUUGCCUCCUGCCUGACCCAUAUGAAAGUGAAAGGGUAUAUGUUACUGAAUCUCUUAUCCCACAUGCUGGGGAAGGUCUGUAUGCAAAAGUAGCAGCAGGACCUGACACAGUCAUGGCUUUCUACAAUGGAAUACGGUUAACACAUGAAGAGGUAGAUUCUAGAGAUUGGUCGCUCAAUGGGAGCACUAUAUCAUUGGAUGGCGAUACCGUGCUUGAUGUUCCUGAACCUUACAACAGUACAGAACACUACUGUGCCACAUUGGGGCACAAAGCAAAUCACUCCUUUACUCCCAAUUGCAGUUAUGCCACGUUUAUUCAUCCUCGGUUUGGACAUAUUAAAAGCAUCCGCACCAUCCAGGCAGUACAGAAAGAUGAAGAACUUACAGUUGCUUAUGGAUACGAUCACUAUUCUGCAGGCAAGGGUGGUCCAGAAGCUCCUGAUUGGUACAAGCUUGAACUGCAGGCCUUCCAACAUGUUCAACAGAAAUGAAAGUUAUUCAGCUUUCGCUUUAAGCAGGUAGCAAAAGCAGAAGAAGCUAUGCACUAAAGCUACGUGGAACUGCCAGAUCAUGAUCUUUAAAAUGCUCUGUUCUAAAAAUUAUCAUUUACCUUGUAUAUAAAAUAUUCAAGGUUAAAUUUAUUUGCAAAAUACAAUAUAUAAGACACUUGAACAAGUAGAUAUACAUUUGUAUUAGCAUAUGGAAGUUUAUGUAGCAGUAAACACUAUUAACCUAUUAAUUGUAUGGUGUAGCUUGUCCUACCCAGCUGUUUUAACAUGCGCUUUCUAAAGUGGCUCAUGGACUGCUACUUACUCAUCAGCCGUUUUUAUUGUUUCAAAUCAACAUAAUCUGUUCUACUGUUUAGGCAAGUCUAACUCUACACAUACUGUUUAUGGGUUUAUAGUGUUCACCCCCUAAAUGUUCAGAUACUACUAAUUACAGCUGUUUCGUUUCUAGCUGAUUUGAUUAUGACUAUUGAUCAUUAAGUUAGCAUCAUCUGGUGUUGUAACUGGGUUUCAGUGAAAGUUAAUACAGGCUAGUUGUAACUUUUUGUACCCUGUCCACUUUAAUUGCAAAUAACACUUAGCACAAUUCGAUAGAUUUUGUCCUCUGAAAUUGUGUUUGAAGAAAGCAUUUUAAGUUGCAUAUCAGUAUCACUAGGAUGAAGUACUGUUAUUUAUAGAUUUUGCAGAUAGCUAAAUGAUAAUUUUAAGCAUUUGUUCAAUAAUGUUCAUGUGCAUUAGUUGGCAUUUAUCAUCCUGUGUCAUUUGCAAGGUAUUUAAUAUUAGUAUAUUAAAUACAGCAAUUGAUGACAAUGUUGUGCUGUAGUCUUUAGAUUCAACAGCUUGACUCAUGCUGAUUGGCAUGACCUUCUUGAUAAGAUGCAAGAUAUCAACCUUACAUUUUCUGUAGUUUGUUUCACAACACUGAGUAAACAAAGCCAGCAACUGAAGAGAUUCAGCAUAAUCCAAAUAGAACAUUCUUGUGUUAAUGUGACAACAUUGUUUCAAGGAACAUUUAACCAUGCUUCAGGUAUAGAGCUAUAACCAUGGCCUCACGCAAGCAUUUUUCUCCUAAAGAACAGUAGCACAAAUCUAAAAUUCUGUGUUUCAGUACAAUGUUUUUUUUCUUUCUUGAAAGCUUGACUAGUUAAACUCUGCAUUUUGUAACUGGCGGUUGCAGCCUUAUUAAAUUACAUAGUUUUGCUAAUGUAACUGAAAAACAAAGCUUAAGUGGUGAGAGUAUGAGAGAUUGGAGUGGUUCCAAAAGUUUACAGAUUCCCCCCUAGUCUUCUGAUUUGUGUGUUUCUUCUUUCAGUGUGUUAAACGAAAGUGUGUGCAUUUUUAUAAGAAUGUCUGGGUGAGCAUGAGAUCUGUUUUGGUUGAUAGGAGUGGGAAAACAUUUAUAAUAUGUUUUGAUUUUGACAAAAUGAAUUAUGUUGUAACCAAUAUGAAGCUGAUAACUUGGUACAGGUCAAGAAAAUUUGUUUUCAAAUGGUGAUUUAAACAAAAAUGUGGUAAACUGUGAAUAAAUGGAUUUUUUACCAUAAAGACAGAAAUAUGUGGAGAAGAACAAAUCAUGGCUCUAAUUGAUUUUUUUAAAAAAUGUAUGUCAUUAUUUCAGUGCAUGGUUUGUUUUCAAAUAUGAAAUAUGUUCAGUUAGAGUCUCAACUUUUCGUCAUUCUUUUGCUUCAGAUCAGACUCAUUUGACGGAGGGUGGGUUACUGUAUUUCAGAAUAAAAGUAAUGGAUAUUUUGAUCAUUUUACAGCAUUGUAGUGCUGUAUCCAUCACUAAUGGCAUUUGUGGACUUGUCAACAUAUUAAACAGCAAAACCUGGUGCAGAAGUUCUGCAUUGCUGAGUGAAUUCAUAUUACAGCAGUAGGUUGUCAGUGGUAAUAAAUGCUCCAAGCUUACAACUGA